CGUGUUGAGUCGGGUUCGUUCUGUUUUCUGGAGGCCGCACAUGAUGCUCAAACAUUGUAAUUAGCGCAGGUUAUGAGCAUUCGCAGUAUUCUCUAAAAGAAGCAUAACUAUGGCUUUUAUUAUGAAGCAUUAUUUACGAAUAAUUAGUUAGAAUCAGUGCAAAACUUUAUGAACAAAAUAUUCGAUGUUCGCAGUAACAUGUGUUUGUCACAAAAGGCGGGAAAUUUAAGAUAUUGUGAUUUUUGAGCUUAAAUUUACAUUUCUCGGAGUUAAUACUGAUCAAGAAUAAAAAUAUAUAUUAUCUUCUAAUUAUGUAACGAUAUUAAGUGUUUUCUUAGAUUAAAGUCAGGUUUUCCCACUUUUUCUAGUGUUUUUAAUUUAGUCACGUGGGUUUGCUUUGUCUAUACUGUCUGAAGUGUCUCCAUUAUGUCGUCGAGUAUGGAAAGCGCGGCGAGUAGUGCGAGUUUGCAAAAACAAAAGCGAGGCGUGUAUUUGAUAGAGAGUGUGCUUCUAAAUGUGAUUCCAGAAGUUUUGAAAUUAGAUUCCGACAAUGUCGUACUAUUAUUAUUACGUCGCGUCUAAUUACAAUAACGAUUACGACGAAUAUUACGAAAACGGAGAAUACUGUGAAGACUAAGAAUCCUGUGAAGAGGAAGAGUCUUGUGAACAAGAAGCCUGUGAAGAAGAAUCAUGUGAAGAGGAAGAUUCUGACACCGAAGACGAGGAAGAAUUCUUGAAUUUUUAUUUUGAUAAAAAAGGAUGUUACCAUUACGAGGAUUCCAACGACGAAGAUUAUUCUGAUUCUGAGGAUUCCGUCGAUGAAGAAUAUUAUGAUUCUGAAGAUUACGACGACGAAGAAUAGGAAUCUGACGAGGAAGACGAAGAUUGUUACUGCGGAUAUUACGAAGAAUACCCACAAAAUUCAGAAUUGAAAAAACCUGUCUCAAUCAAAAAAAUGGGAAAAGGUGAAAAAAGAAGAGGCAAGAAGCGAACAAAAGCUGAAGCCGACGAGGUCCAGGGACCAAGUACCGAUGAUAAUUAUGAAUCAGUCGAGACAAAGGAUGAUGCUAAUCUAUCCGUGCGCGGAUUACCAUGCGUGGAAUGGACCGAUUCUCAAUAUGUCAGUGAAGUCGCCAAUAUCAGUCACUACCGAGCAGAGAAUAUUAUUGAACUCUUCAAAGCCGACAACACCAUUCCGUUCAUAGCCAGGUACAGAAAAAAUGUUACCGGCGGUUUGGAACCAGAACAAUUGAGAAUCAUUAAAGAAUGUUUCGAGCGUGCCAAAUCGAUCAGACACCGAGCAAACACCAUCCUCACAAUGAUCGACAAGCUGGGAAAAUGGAGUCCAGAUGUUUACGCGAUAGUCAAAUCCACAAAAUCCCUCAACGAUCUGGAACACAUUUAUGCAAUGUUCAAAGCUCCUCUGAAACGCGCUCUUUCCGAAAGAGCGCGCGAACUAGGCCUCGGAGCUGUAACUGAAGCUAUACUCGAGGGCCAAAAGAUCGACGAUUUGUCGUCAUAUAUCGACCAAAAACGAGAGGGAUUGAAAACUGUUAAAGAAAUUAAGGACGGAAUUAUUCACAUAAUAGCAGACGUUAUCAGCAAACACAAGACCAUGUUCGAAAAGAUCCGUGAGUUGCGCAAGACUACAAUAAUUCAGAUUGAAACCUCUCAGGGUAAAGGGGCAAAAGAAGAUAAUGUGAAGACGGAGAAAGCUGUGAAAAUUGAGAAGAAAGUGAAAGUGGAGAAGAAGAACAAUGAUGCCAGCAAAUUCGAGAUCUACUACGAUUUCAAAUCGAACGAAAAGAACAUCAAACCGCAUCAGAUUCUGGCAAUCAAUCGAGGAGAGUCGCAGAAAUGUCUCGUGGUGAAAAUCAUCAUUCCUGAUUUUUUCGAGAGAGCCUUGAAGAAUCAUGUACUGACUCUUUAUCAACAGGCGAUCAGGACAUCCCAAACUCAUUCAAGUCUGAUUCAAGAGGCAUUUGAUUACGCCUACAAGAAAAGCAUCAAACCAGCUAUAGUUCGUCGAUUCAGGAACGAGAUGAACGAGACGGCGGAAACUGCAUCGAUAGAUGUCUUCUCAACGAAUCUGAAACAACUGAUUCUCACGCCUCCCUUUCGAGGAAAACCUGUGCUAGGGAUCGAUCCUGGAUUUUACCAUGGUUGUAAACUUGCUGUAGUGUCGGAAAAUGGCGAUGUUUUGGAAACAAAUACAAUAUAUCCACAUUCUAGGCCGGGAUCGUUUAAAGAGUCCGUGAGCAGUCUGGCGUCGAUGGUGAAGACCUAUAAUUGCACCUCGAUUGCUUUGGGUAAUGGAACUGCUUGCAGAGAAACUGAAGUCUUCCUGGCUAAUAUGAUCAAGGCUAACACUUUUGCCCCGUUGAAUGUUUCGUAUACGAUCAUCAAUGAGGCGGGAGCCUCGAUUUACAGUUGCAGCGACGAAGCGAAGAAAGAGUUUCCCAAUCUGGAUCCAAAUCUGAUUUCGGCGGCUUCGAUUGCUAGGAGACUUCAAGAUCCAAUGGCUGAGUUGGUCAAGGUGGAGCCGAAACAUUUGGGCGUGGGAAUGUACCAGCAUGAUUUGCCUGAAAAGCGAUUGGACCAGACUUUGAACGAGGUGGUGACCGAUGCAGUAAGUUUCGUCGGAGUCGAUGUGAAUACAACCUCUCACUGUCUCCUGAAAAAAAUCGCUGGCCUGAAUGUAACCAAAGCGAAAAGCAUGAUUGAAUGGAGAAAGAAAAAUGGACCUUUCACAAAUCGAGAACAAUUCCUCGAAGUAAAAGGUAUCGGGAAUAAAACCUACGAACAGUGCGCUGGUUUUAUACGAAUUUUGCCCGAGACUGCUUUAGUUCCUGGAAUUAAGUCAAAAUCCAAAAAACCGCUGAAUUAUCUCGAUCAAACUUGGAUCCAUCCUGAGGCCUACAAAAUCGCGGCCGAUUUCCUAAAAUUGGCCAAAUGUCAUAUCGAGGAUUUGGGAACGGAGUCUUUUAUUAGGGCGGUUAAUGCUUAUGGAAAUCAGGGAUUCUCCACUAUAGCCAAGCAGUUGAAAACGAACGAAGAAACGGCAAAAAUAAUCGUGACUGGCUUAGCGGCGAGUAAAGGAUACGAUAUCAGAUUGAAGGGAGACAAGCCUCUCUUUAGAAGCAGUUUAACCGGAAUCGAUGACCUAACUCCUGGUGUGACUUUGAGAGGAGUUGUGAGAAAUGUAACCCACUUUGGAGCUUUUGCAGACGUUGGAGUUUGCAGGGAUGGCUUGAUACCAACUCGGUUUAUGAAGGGUCAGAGUUUAAGCAUUGGUCAAGCGAUUGAAGUGAAAGUUCUUAGGGUUGAAAAAGAGAAAAACCAAUUUAGUAUCGAGUUAGUUAAAACUCUUUGAGUGGCUUUAAAGACGACUUUCUUGGGAACUUUUCAAUGCUGGAAAGGUCCAAGUUUUUGGAUAAAGUAUUUUUUUAUGGUAUUCAUUGAUCAAAAUGUUCUUCAGUAAAAGUUAAGUUUGAAAUACGAUAUAAGUUUUUCUGAAAGAUUAGGUCUUUCAAAUUAAGAAAGAACCGUUCUAUUCACAUAUAAGGAGAGUUAAAUGUCUUCGA